CAACAUUCUUAGCAUAACUCGCAUUUGGUGACCUUUUGCCAUUCUUUCACGAACGGGGUGUCACUUCUUUUUACUACCACUAUUUUACACUACAACUUCUAUUACUGUUUGUUUAGUGGUGGUGGUGGUGACCGAGGACUCAUCUCCGAAUAAGCAUCAUAACAGCCUAGGUCGGAACGCCGUCGUCAUUCUCCUCUCAGGGCCAGCCGACACCUUGAGUUCUUUAACCAUGAACUACUAGGAAAACUUUUGAACAAAAUUGCAGGCAUUUGUACUGUUUUUAUGUUGAUUUCCCCACAAACUUCCCCUUAAAAACAUUAUUCGUGUCUCGACAUCUCAGGCGAGACCAUUUUUACUUGUAUAAUUGAAGUUCUCUUGGCGAUAUUAUAUGUAAUUAAGUAUUAUCAAUGUUUUCGCCUCCGUCCAGCAGUUUUAAAACCGGAAUUCCUUGGCUGGAUGUCUCUGACAGCGAAGAUGAAUCCGGAGACGAACAUAUGAAUCCUUCAGGAUUUUUCGGAAAAUCAUACAGUGAUCUUUCGCCAAAUUACGAGGCCUUUUCUCCUCUUACCACUCCGAAAUCUGUGAAAAACUCAGUUUCUCAAGGUCGUGUGCCGGCAUCUUCCCAUGACAAUGACAGUGAUGACUACUUUUAUUCUCGAAGUCCACGUGCCGUUUCACCUACUGGAAAACAGAGUAGUGACUUCAGUCGACAGUCCUCAUUUGCUUCGUCUUCAUCUUUAGGGAAGAGUCCUGUUUCUGAACACUCAGCCAAUGGCUUUUCAUUCAAAAACUUGUCAUUUGAUCACAACAUUCCCAUGGACAGUAGCUCUAGUACGGAGGAAAUAGAGACAAGUGAGCCAGACAGGCAAGGUGAAUACAGUGAUAGAGAGGCACAAAAAUUAUUUUCAGAAGGCACAUCAACUCCUGCUCAAACAGAUGGUUCUCAAACACCUACAUCUAAUUGGGUGUAUGGCGAUGCAUCCGAUCUCUCUGGGAUUCAUGGGCGAGGUUCAUACGACGAUAGUUCUCUUGGAACUGAUUCUCUUCUCGGUGAUACGGAUAGUCUAAAAAAUCUUAUGAGUAUUCCAAAUCACAACCACACAACCGCUGAAAACAUUCCUUCGGACGAGUAUUGGGAGCCGCCAGAGAGCUGGGGAACAAUUAAACCUUAUGAUCAAAGUCACGAAUUUACGCCGCACGUCUAUACUAAGCCUAAGGAGCCCGAAGAUACACAACCGUUUCAGUUGCGUAUAUAUCGUGCAGACAAAUCAGUCGUUUCCUUUACGUGUCCGAUGAACAUUCGUGCGCAUGAGGUUAUUAGAAUCGUCGCUCAACGCUUUUUCCUUCCUUAUCCAGCUCCUUACUAUUUGCUCUUAGUCUUCUUUAAUCGUGAACGCAUUUUGUUGCCUGACGAACGACCCUGUUACAUAUACAAAAACUUCUUAAAGGAUUUUGGUUAUGAUUUUAAUUAUAGGGACUCGCCUGAAACGAAUGAUGAUUUUGGAAUUGCUCGAUUCGUGUUUACUACAAUGGACAUUGGAGCAUCUCUUGGCAAAAAAGUUCCACGUUUUACUUCUUACGAAAACAUUGAUGUUUCUGGCUUAAAUCUUGAGGUUUUACCUGUAAAGUUACAUCGGCAUGCUGCAGAGAUUCGAAAACUCAAUGUCGCCGAUAAUCUAUCACUUAAAAUUCCAAACGACUUUUUGGAAGCUUGUACAAACUUGGAAGUACUAAAUCUGUCAGGAAAUAUGCGGCUCCCGGAAGGAAAAAGCAUUGUUUCAUUAAAAAAACUUAAGGUCCUAAAUAUAUCUUUAAAUGACCUAUAUGAAGUGAAUCCGGAACUACUUGCAGAAACAAAGGCCACUAAUCUUAGAAAACUGUACUGUUCCAGUAAUAAGCUUUUCUUCCUUCCCUACCCUCUUUUAUAUCUGUCUCGUCUAACAUAUCUGGACCUCUCUUUUAAUAAUUUUACGACAGUUCCUAUAAGUCUUGUUGAGAUUACAACUCUUCAACAUCUUGAUAUGUCUUAUAAUUACUUGUUAUACAUCCCACCCGAGAUUAAGCGGUUAAAAGAAUUGAAGACUUUUUACUUUCAAUUCAAUUCGGUGUAUGGUGUUUUACCUGAAGAGUUUGGCUCCCUUAAUAAAUUAGAAACAAUUGACCUGAGAAACAACAAGAUCAGCGAUAUAUCUUCGUUAAGUGGAUGUUCACGUUUAAAGCAAAUUUUUGCAAGUGGAAAUCCAAUUUCUCAGCAUGAAUCAAGUCUGUCAAAUGCUGUCCGGUUAGACUUGUCUCAUUGUCCUAUGACAAUAUUCGAUGUUCCGACAUCUGAAACAACGCCUUUACGCUAUUUGGACCUUUCCUACGGAAAAAUCGUGACAAUUAAUCCCUCUACUAUUCAAUGCUGGUCUCAGUUGGAGUAUCUUAACCUUAGUUACAAUCAUUUUAAUGCCUUGCCAGGCGUCUUCUCAGAGAUGAUAAACUUAAAGCGUUUAUUAUGUACCAAUUGUGAGAUUAGCGAAAUCUCUCCGGAUAUUGGAAAAUUAAAGCAUCUCGAAUUGCUCGACUUGCAUUCUAAUAAUUUGAAACAUGUCCCGGAAGAAAUUUGGAUGAUUCCGUCCCUUACAGAGGUAAAUCUUUCAUCGAACAUAUUGGAGCAGAUUCUGCUUCCUGCGCCGAAACCGACGGAACGUGCUGUUCACCGACUACGCUUGGUUCGAACGCUUUCAGGCCGUUCCCUUUCGGGUUCUGAUUUCGAUCAACACUCCAUCCCCCCUGUGAGAGAGUUAUUGCUUGUUGAUAACCGUUUAAGUGACACUUGUUUUGCGACACUGAGAAAGUUUAAGCAUUUACGAUUGCUAAAUCUGUCUUACAACUAUAUAACGGAAAUUCCUAAGGGAUUUGCCGAGAAGCUUUCAAAUUUACAGCGAUUUUACAUUUCCGGUAAUAGGCUUUCAAAGCUACCUAUUGUGGAACUUCAAAGAUUGAAUUUGGAAUUACUUUACGUGAAUUCAAAUAGACUUACACAAAUGAUUUUUGAAGAUACACCGUUUCCGAGUUUGUUGGCUUUAGAUUUAAGCAAUAAUAACCUUCAAACGGUUAAUGUUGGAAGAGACACCCAAGCUUCGACUACUCGUGUGUAUACAAAACUUCGGUAUUUUAAUCUUUCGGGCAACCCGUGGCUUGCACCGUUCAAAAGGCGUCGGGAACAUCAACGGAAGGAACUCAUAAACGUUCUAAACAAGAUACGCGUGCUCUCGCUCCUAGACAUUGAAGAAAAUGUUUUUACUAGCACUACCGACAUUCUUAAUCGCAUUGUUAGGACUGGCAAUACGGAAGACAAAUUACUAAGCUACGGUGUCUGUGACAGCUUUGGAACCAAUAUGGACGCUUUAUCAUCCGUGGAACUUGUUAUUAAAGAGUUUUUAGGACCCAUGUCUUCCCUGUACUGUGUGUUGGACAGUGGCUCACCCACUGAAUCUGCGGCAAAAGUAUUACGGUUCGUUUAUGAUAACUUGCCUCAAUGUCUUGCUGAAGAGUUAUCUAAUCACUAUUCUUCUACCGAGUGGAUUUUUCGGGCUAUAAAGAAUGCAUUUUUAAAUCUCAAUAAACUGUUAGCGCUCGCGUUUUAUGACGAUUUACAUUCAAAAGGCGGUGAGAUCGACCAGGGUCCCAAGAGGUAUGUAAAGAAAGGAUAUUUCUUCGACAAAUCAUGCGUGGACUAUGGCUGCAGCGUCAUCCUAGUGUAUCUUCGUGAUACUCGUGCUUUUAUCGCAAAUGCUGGAACUGCAGAAGCCAUCAUAUCAAAACGAACUGAUUCUGAACCCACUGCAAUCAGUAAACCGCACAGCUCUAAUGAUCCAAUGGAGAUCCGGCGCGUUAUCGAUCAAGGUCAAGGUUCUUCAAGUAACGUGGAAUUCAUUAGAAAAUACGAAGUGACCAGAGGCGUUGGUUACCUUUCACAAGUUCCCUUUGUAAUUAGUGAUCCCUUCAUAACGGUCGAAAAUCUCUCAGAACUGAAUGACUUUAUCGUACUUGCAAACAGUAAUCUUUGGAAAGUCCUUUCCACACAUGCGCUUAUUGAUAUCGUUCGUUCAAAUUAUCGCUCUCCAAUGCUUUCUGCAUCCAAGGUUCGCGAUUUUGCUUUGGCCUAUAAUUCAAAAGAACCAUUUACCGUCGUGGUGAUUGACCUGAAACGUCGUUUCGGGACUCAAACACCGGUAAUCCCAAAACUCGGUGAACGUGGUACUAUGAAGGAAGAAGAAGAAGCGGCGUUAAACUUACAGGCGCUUCAUAAUUUGCCUGAUGACUCUGCGUUAGCGAGAUUAAGUAAGGAAGUAUCACCUCCUCGAGGGUGCAUCGCUAUGGUAUUUACAGAUAUAAAAAACUCAACUCAGCUUUGGGAGCGACAUCCAGUUGCUAUGCGAUCUGCCAUCAAAACACACAAUACUAUCAUGAGACGCCAGCUCAGAGCUACAGGAGGGUACGAGGUGAAAACCGAAGGUGAUGCUUUUAUGGUAUGUUUUCAAACCGUUCCUGCUGCUCUUCUUUGGUGUUUCUCUGUACAAUUACAGCUUCUUUCAGCCGACUGGCCGAAAGAGAUUGUCGAGUCAAUUCACGGAAGAGAAAUUCUCGGUGAGCGGAAUGAACCACUGUAUCGGGGACUAAGUGUGCGUAUUGGCGUUAAUUGGGGUGUCACAGUUAGUGAAAUGGAUCCUAUCACACGCCGUAUGGAUUAUUACGGACCAAUGGUGAACCGUACUGCUCGCAUUGUUGCAGUUGCUGAUGGUGGACAAAUUGCCAUUUCUAAUGAUGUUGUCAAUGCCCUUCAACAGCUUGAUAGUGAAAACGCACCUUCAGAACGCUCGUACGAGACGGAGAUGGAACUUCGAUCUCUGAAACAAAUGGGUUAUGUGGUUCAUUACAUGGGCGAAUACAAGCUGAAAGGUUUAGAAAACCCUGAACGCAUUUCCCUAAUAUAUCCACUGGCACUCGAAGGACGAUUGGAGCGCAUUUUGAAGAAAUCUAGUUCAGGCGUCCAGACAUCGUUUGAUAAGGGAAUAGUGAACCGACCUCGAAGUCGAAGCAAUAGUCUUCGUCCAAUUAUCGGUCGGCUAAGCGAAUCACGAUCCGUAAGUGAAGACUACCGUAGACGGUCAGUUUCAUCUCUGCGCGGUGAAACGUUUAGCGAUCCAAACCUUCGCUUUCCCGCCGGCAUCUUCGAUAAUUCUUUGUACCAGCAUUUGCUUGAACUUUGUGAACGUCUCGAGGAUUCGGCAGCACUACUUCACGGCUACCCCGAAGCGCCAGAAUGUUCAAUUGGUCUUGCUGCUCCAGAGACAAUUGGUGAGGAAUUUGCCAUGCUUUAUCGUCUUACUCUUCGGAUCGAAAACACAAUUUACUGUCUGCGUAAGAUGUUACGAAACAUUUAGCUCCCAAUGCUCCGUUGAGCUGCAUUAUUCUUUCUCGCGUUUUCCCAUCAAGCAUACUCUUUGUUUCUGUUGCUAUUAUUACAAGUUCUCAUUGGCAUUUUUAUUCAGUCUUACUUAUCCGCCUGUUGUUAUAUUCGUUCUAUCUCCUUCAUUGAUUGAGGCCUCCCUUAAGGGCUCUCCGUUUUUUGGGUAAUCUUCCAAUCUAAUCAUCCACAAAGUCAAAACUCUUCCUCAUGUCUAUCAAUCGCGCACGUACAUCCAUUCACCUCCCGCAUCGCACCCCAUUCUUCCAAGCAACGCGAGUGCACACAACUCCUAGCUAGUAAUCUACAUUUACCACACCCGUACAAACCCCCUUGCCAACAAACCAACCCUCUUUGACGACCAUCCCAUGUAAAUAUCUUGUAAAUAAAUCCAUAAAAUUCAUCAUAAUAAACAAAAACAGAAAGGAAGAGAAAAC